UACAUAUUACUUAUACUUCCGGUUCAGGAUUUUUUGGUGUUGUACAAAAAGGAAAAGCUAGAGUAAAGGUUACUGAUCAAGGAAGAUAUGCCUAGCAAAAAGAAGAAAUUCAGCGCUCGAUUCCCACCAGCGCGUAUAAAGAAAAUCAUGCAGACUGAUGAAGAUGUAGGAAAGGUGGCAGCAGCAGUGCCUGUGCUUAUCUCUAGAGCAUUGGAAAAGUUUAUAGAGACUCUCAUUUUAAAAACCAGUGAAACAACAAAAAUCAGGAAUGCAAAAACGCUGACAACAUCUCAUAUAAAACAGACCAUACACCAAGAGAAAAAGUUUGAUUUUUUAAAGGAUCUUGUUGCAAAUGUUCCAGACCAUCAAGCAGAGGAUGAGUCAGACCCAAAUAUAAGCGACACUAAACGACAGAAAACCCCCAGACCUAGGAAACAAAGAACAGAAGGUAGAAAGAAAAGAAAAAAGAAUUCUUCUGAUAGCAACUCUGAGGAGGAGGCCAAUGAUAAUGGUUCCAGUACAGAGACAGAUGAAGAAGUCGCUCAACAUGAGCAGCUGUCGGCCAUGUCAGCUGCAGCCAGCAAUGAACAACACCAGGGAAUUCCCUCAUCCUCCUACCCUAACCCCGUCAUCUCAGGGGAGAAUCCGGAGGCCAUGAUGUCUUAUCCAUCCACAAGCAGCAUGCCCAGCCAUCCGGGCUACCCCCCACCGGGCUGUUACUCUCCCCAGGGGAUCCCUGGGCUACCCCCACAAGGAAUGCAUAAUCCCUAUUCUAUGCAAAUGAAUAACCACAUGCCACAACAGACACAACCCUUGAAUCUAUGUAAUGCCUCAUACAACCCAUCUAUGUACAUGCCCCCUGGGUAUCCCUACCCACAAUCAUUAGGGUAUCCUUACCCACCUCAUAUGAACCCUGGGGCUCCAUCCCACGACUCUCAUCAAGGAAUGAACCACUUGGCCACAAUGCCUGGACCUUCCCACCUGCCAGCAUUCUCAAAGGCCCCGCCCCCUAGUGAUCAAGGACAGGACUUGUCAUUGUCUAGAGUAAAUCCUGUAGCUCAAAAUACAGCGACACCCCCAAAACAAGCCCAACCCACUUCAACAGAGGAUGACGAUUACGAUGCGUAAAUGAAUUGUUUUGACUUAGAGGGUUAAGACUGUAUGCAAAUUGAUUCUUAAAUGGGGGGAAAGAAUGAGAAACUCAGGGUCAUUUGUGAAAAGUUUUCAUCAUGUUUUCACUUUCUGUUAUAUUUCAUUUUAAAUAGAAGGUAAUUAAAAUUACUAAACAUAUAGAACAUUCAUUGCCCGUUUCAUAUGUGUAAAUGUAAACUUCGUUCUUUUGUUACAGAAAUAUUUUGUCUCGUAUAGAUUUUUUUACAAACUGUAUAUGGAUUCUACUUAUUUUUUUCACACAAGAAUUAAGCUUAGUUUUAUACUCAUUGUUGCUGUUUUUUCAUGUCAUCAAAAUUACUUCAUUUCCAAGAAACUAUUGUAAUUGUUUCAGUCAUCAUUUUAUUCAUGGACAUUAAUGGUUGUACAAGUUCAAUAAAAAAAAUUUAAUAAUAAAGCAAAAUGUGAUAUUUCCUUGCAAGAAUAUAAAUGCGCUGUAGUCUAUAAAAUCAGUUUACAAGUUCACCGUAAAUAAUACUGUACCUAAUGUAAUACAUGUAUAAAGGAACGAGAAUGAAAUGAAAUUUUUAGUUGAAUACAUGCGUUUACAUGUUAUAUUGCAUGUCUCCACCUUGAAAAGGAAAUAAUCAUUUACUGCAGUACCUGGUAGUUAAAUCUUCAACAGUUUAAGGAACGUACUACUUUAUUUUUUAUUUUAUUUUUGCGAAUACAUGCAUCAUGCUUGAAAAUACAUGUAUAUUCCUUGAAUAUUAUAUCCUGAGCAGUUGUAAAUGCAAUGGCAAUUGUGAACUAUACAUAAAGAUAGGAAUAAGAUGACUGAAUUAAGGAUCUGACAGAAUUGUGCCACAUGUAAAUGUCCAGCUCUGAUGUGUUAUACAAGUUGUCAUAUUUGACACAACCCUUUCUUUAUUGACUUUGUUACUUGUGUGCGACUGUGUUCUGAUGUUAUUAGAUUUGUGAAUGCUGAUGUUACUAGAUUUGUGAAUGAUUAUUAAAUGAACGAACCAGUUCAACUCCUAUC